AUGGAAGAUGAGAAUAUGUCGUUUAAUAAGAAAGUAGGAACAGCAGACAGUGAAGUUGGAGAAGUUUCAAGUGAAAAAGUCUACACCAUUCAAGGAGAACGGGGUGCAGGAUUUUCUUCUUUUCCUGUUCCUGUUGUGCCGACAACACUUGUGGAGAUAUCUCCGGCUACUACAGUUCAUGCUGCUACAGAAGCAACGCCUCCUGAAAUGGUUGUUCCGGUCAGUGCACAUAAUUCUUCUCUGGUUGAGGUUAAUUCAAAUGCGGUGGGUCUUGGUCCUGAUGCACCUGAAGUAGUUGCGGAUGAAAAUAGUUCUCCGGGUUUUGAACAACAUUAG